GGUGUCAAACGACACCAUUGGAGCCUUAGGGAAAGGAACUAGUAGAAGAUGGUAUUGAAAUUUACUGCUGCUACUACUACUACUACUGCUACUGCUACUGCUACUGCUACUGGUGCCACGUGUCAAACUACUGCUACUAGGGAUCCAAAUAUUUACUACUGCUACUGCUACUGCUACUGGUGCCACGUGUCAAACUACUGCUACUACUAUUGGUACGCGUCAGCAGCUGACGUGUCAAACGACAGAAAGGAAAGUUUUUGGAUAACCACCGGGAAGGUGCCACGUGGCGGGCUGACGUUCCAAACGACGCAAUGGGAGAAUCGUUCCGAUGGUCUCCCGACAGCAGUGGCAUUCCCCCCGAGGAGCUACCGGAUGGGUCCAUCCCCCUCCUCCGUGAUCUUGCAGGUAGCAUUCGGGAGGGUUUGGAUGUGAUGCGUCAUUGGGGUCCUUCCGAGUAUUGGGGGUUAUGGAGGAUGUACCAAGAGCAGAAGAAUGCCAACCAAAUAGACACGGUGCCCGGAAUUGCCAUGAACGACAG